AUGGCUUACUACCCCCACAGAACCGCCGGUCCCACACAACCUCCACCGCUGACAGAUAAACUGCGCCUAUACCAUGUUGACAUGAACCCGUAUGGUCAUAGAGUGCUGCUGAUUUUGGAGGCGAAGAGAGCCAAGUAUGAGGUCUACCGACUGGACCCCCUGAAUUUACCGCAGUGGUUCAAAACUAAGAAUCCUAGACUGAAAAUACCAGUACUGGAAAUACCCACGGAUCAAGGAGACAAAUACUUGUUCGAGAGCGUCGUCAUUUGUGACUAUCUGGAUGAGAAGUAUGCACGGAACCCGCUACAUUCUAGGGAUCCGUACGUCAAGGCCCAAGACAGAUUGCUCAUUGAGAGGUUCAAUGAAUUAAUAAAAGGCAGCCUAGAAUGUUUCGACACAAACUUCGCGUACGGCGGCGAGCAGAUAUUUCAAACAUUGGACAUAUUUGAAAAGGAAUUAGCUUCUAGAGGUACGAAUUAUUUUGGGGGUCAUUCACCCGGUAUGUUGGACUAUAUGAUUUGGCCGUGGGUGGAAAGGCUGUACCUUUUAAGAUGUGUCAACGAGAGGAAAUUUGACGAGAAACGAACGCUUUUCCCCAAUUUCGCGGACUGGGGUGAUCAAAUGCAGUUGGAUGAAGUGGUCAAGAAGCAUUCCAACUCACCAUCAGAAUACUUCGAGUACUACAGGAACGCACGUACUCACUCCAUGGGUUACUACUUAUAA